UGCACAUAAAUAAAGAGCCCCAUUAAGAGUCCCGAAGACUUGAAGCUAGAAUGGGCGAAGAGCCGAACCAAAUGUUUCGUUGGUUUCCAUCUGGUGACGAAGAUGACGUCGAGCUACGCCAAUCUUCCUCCUCCAGCGACUCCGACGAGGACUCUCCUCCAUCGAAAUUCAGAGAGGAGGAAGCAGCUUCUCCGGACUCUCCCCGUCCUUUGGCCGAGACGACCUUCUUGCCGCCAAAGUUCGAUUCCGAGAGGCCUCUCGACGGAUUAUCCCCCCUCGUGGCGCAACUUCCUGUCAAGAGAGGGUUAUCCAAGUACUAUCAAGGGAAGUCCCAGUCCUACUCAUCCCUGUCCGAUGUGAGAUGCCUCGCGGAUCUGCCAAAGAAAGAAACACCCUACGAAAGGAGAACGAAGUCAUGCAAGAGCUAUGAAGGAGGGCUGGAUGGAAGCCCCAAAUCUAAUCAUAUUCCGGGAACUUCCCGCAAGACCGUAUCAAAGAAGGCAUCCGGAGGUUCCUGUGCUUCUUCAAUUGCAAGAAGCAGCAGCAAACCACCACCUCUUCCUGUACAGAAGAAUUUAUGUCUUCACUAAAUUACAUGAAGACAAAAAAGCUUGAAGAGUUUCGUCACCAGAAUAGCUUUAGAUUUUGGAGAGAGAAUUAAUGAUGGAGCAUGUGCUGAAUUUAUUUGUUCUGCAAUCAUCUUAUUGUAGCUCCUUUUUUGUUUUUUUCUUUCUGUGGGUGGGGGAGAGGUAAGAAUUUUAUGAUAAAAGUUUUUGAACAGCUUAAUAUGCCUUAAUCCGAGAAAAGGUAGAGAUGAAGAACCUUUUGCAAA